CGGGGCCGCCACUGUAUGCCCGGGUCCACCGGUGGCGAGCGCAGACGGCAGCGGCUGCCAGACGAGCACCAUGGCUCACUGCCCGCUACGCCCGCUGCUGCGGCUCCUCGUGCUGGGGCUCGGACUGGCGCUGCUGCGCGCUGCGGCCGGGGAGCGAGUGCCAGGCACCACCCCCUGCUCUCGCGGCACCUCCUGGAGCGCGGACCUAGACAAGUGCAUGGACUGCGCCUCGUGCCGGGCGAGACCACACAGCGACUUCUGCCUGGGCUGCACUGCGGCCCCUCCAGCCCCCUUCAGGUUGCUGUGGCCCAUCCUGGGGGGCGCCCUGGGCCUGGCCCUCUUGCUGGGGCUGCUUUCUGGCUUCCUGGUCUGGAGACGGUGCCGCAGGAGAGAGAAGUUUACCACCCCCAUCGAGGAGACCGGUGGGGAGAGCUGUCCUGGCGUGGCCCUGAUCCAGUGACGGGGCGCGCCCCCUGCCAGCAGGAGGCUGUGCCCGCUCAUCAUUCAUUCAUUCAUUCUGGAGCCAGCUCCAGCCUCCCAGACACAGCCAGAGCCAGGCUGCUCCAACCACAGGGGUGUGGAGGGAUGGGGGACAGUGAAUCACCUCUCUACGGUCUGGGCCCAAGCUUCCGAAGGGCCUUCCAAGGUGUCUGACCGCCCUGUCUCUCGCUCCAGAAUAGAAAAGGAGACCCUGGCUGGCUCAUGCCAGACAGCUGACGCUAAGGAACCGCAGCAUUUGCACAAGGGUCCCCACCCCCACCCCCACCAUGGCCUGGGGGCCAGGCUGACCUGAGGGACCGACACAACACCAGGCCCCACCCACUCAGAUGUACUGAAAUUCCACUACUUGGGAUCUCAGCCUGGGGCGGGGGGGGGGGGGGGGGGGGUUAGGGACCUGUUCCUAACACUAGAGGGCUGGCCCUCUAAUGGGGCUGGCCCUAAGACACUGCCCCCUCGAACCCCCUAACACAGGGGGAGAUAUUUAUUUGGGGAGAAAAUGUGGAGGGGGAGAGAAUUUAUUAAUAAAAGAAUCUUUAACUUUAAA